CUUUACCAAUAAUUGAUCCGGUCAGCAGUCUACAAACCAUACUGUAGUUUAUGUGAUCUGUGAAAACCGAAUUGUAAGAAUGCGUUACGUUGUAAUUGUUUUAGUAUGUGUAAUUUUUGGAUGUAAUGCUUAUAAUCAAUUUGAGAGCGUUCUUAAGGCCAAUAAUGAAUUUACAAUAGAUGCGUUUCAGGAAGUUGGGAAAACAUUUAACAGAAAUAACUUUAUGUUUAGUGGAGUGUCUGCGGAAAUCAUAUUAAGUUUACUUGCAAAUGGAGCUAGAGGAGAGACGCAAUAUCAAUUGUUAGAGAAUUUGAGAUUACCCACUGAUAUAGAAGGUGUCAAUACAGCAUACACUAAUAUAACACCGCGCCUCAAUAUAGAUCAAACACUGGUCAAAUUAUUUUCAGCAAACAAAAUAUAUUUAGCUCAAAACUUUUUAAUUAGUAAAGAAUUUAACGAUACUGCCGUUAAUAUUUAUGAUGCAGAAGUACAGAACCUAGACUUUGAGAAUGCACAUGAGGCAGCUAACACGAUCAAUAGCUGGGUUGAACAAAAAACUAACAACAAAAUUAAAGAUCUCAUUGAUUCUGAAACGUUAACAUCUGACACGAAAUUAGUAUUAGUCAAUGCUUUAUACUUCACAGGACAAUGGAAGAAUCCUUUCCCAGUAGAUAAUACUGCUGAUAUACUGUUCCACAGCUCACCUACAGAAUCACAAAAAAUCCCCACCAUGCAAAACGAAGGAAUCAUUAAGUAUGCAUACAAUGAAAAACUUAAAGCUAAAUUUUUGGAGCUUGAAUUCGCCGACGGAAAUAUUAGUAUGACGUUUGUUUUACCCGAUGCAAUAAAUGGACUGGCAGAUGUCGAACAAAACAUGGCGAAAUAUUUGGCUCCUCAAAAGAUGAAUCCAUCUGCUGUUAUAGUAACGCUGCCCAAAUUCAGAAUAGAAACAACAAUUAAUUUUACAUCCAUCUUAGAAUCGUUGGGAAUUACAGAUAUAUUUGACGAUGCUGACCUUACUGGAAUCGCCGAUGCUAGAAUUCAGGUCUCCCAAGUUAACCAAAAGACAUUUAUUGAUGUUAAUGAGUAUGGUGCCGAAGCUGCAGCUGCUACAGCAGUUUCCAUCGACAGUCGUAAUGCCGGACCCCAGAAAAAAUUUCAAGCUGACCAUCCUUUCCUGUUUUAUAUCAAAGAUAAUGAUCUUGGGCAAAUAAUUUUUGCAGGAAGAUUUACGAAUAAAGAAAUACAUUAACUUUACUUGAAUAUGUAUAUAAUUUGGUCCCUAUACAAAAUCUAAAAAUAUACAAAAACACGUAAAAUUUAUUUAUGAGGGGGACGUUUUAUAGACCAGUUUUCAACUAAAUUACACUAACCCUCUAGCGGGGGCGGACACAACCCCCAAAAUCUUUAAUGGAAAGGGGGGUUGAGUGAUACCUCAUUUUAAAGGUCGUUUGAUUACCUUUUCAAAAAUACCAUAUACAUUAUAUUUCUUUUCAGUAAUUUUAAUUUUUUUAUAAUUAAUUUUAAUAACUAAAUAUCGAGUUCAAAACUCCAGAAUUUUUUUUGGAGUAUUGAACUCCAAAUUGAAUUAUUUUGGGGUGUUAAAGUAUUUAGAGUACUUUUUUGAAGUAUUUUUGGAAAAAUCAAGUAAAACCGUAAAGAUAUUAAGUAUAGAGUUCAGAACUCCAAAAUUUUUUAGAGUAUUGAGUCCAAGAUUUUUCCAAAAGUACCGAAAAGAAAUAUAAGGUAUGUGGUAUUUUUGAAAAGGUAAUCUAAUGACCUUCAAAAUGAGGCAUCACUCAACCCCCCUUUCCAUUAAAGAUUUUGGGGGUUGUGUCCGGCCCCGCUAUAGGGUUGAUGUAAUUUAGUUGAAAACUGGUCUACAAAAUGGGACAUCUUGGAUUUUAAAGCACCCUAUGUAACGCACAGCCGGCACAGCUGAAUGUGGCUGGAUUUUUAUGUUUGUGCAUCACAGUGUUGCCAUGCUGUUUUCUAUAUAUUUCUUUCAUAAUUUCAAUCAAUGUUAAAUGCACCUACAAGAAUAAUUGAAUAAUAACAUUUACUUCUCCGUCAUUGUACUAGGUAUAACGACAAAUGAGGUGUCAAAUUAAAGCUUAUAAUCCAAGGAUAGUACUAAAGGUAAAAAAUUAGACCUAGGUUGUCUGUCCGUCUGUCUGUCUGACCGCGAAUAUAACUCCUCCGUCACUAUACCAGGUAGAAUGACAAAUGAGGUGUCAAAUGAAAGCUUAUAAUCCAAGGCUGGUACUGAAGGUGAGAAAUUUGACAUAGGUUGUCUGUCCGCCUCUCCGUCCGACCGCGAAUAUAACUCUUGCGUCACUAUACCAGGUAGAAUGACAAAUGAGGUGUCAAAUGAAAGCUUAUAUUACAAGGAUGGUACUAAAGGUGAGAAAUUUGACAUAGGCUGUCUGUCCGCCUGUCCGUCCAACCACGAAUAUAACUUAUCCGUCACUAUAGCAGGUAGAAUGACAAAUGAGGUGUCAAAUGAAAGCUUAUAAUAGUGAGAAAUUUGACAUAGGCUGUCUGUCCGUCUGUCCGUCCGACUGCGAGUAUAACUCAUCCGUCACUGUACCAGGUAGAAUGACAAAUGAGGUGUCAACUGAAAGUUUAUAAUCCAAGGAUAGUAGUAAAGGUGAGAAAUUAGACCUAGAUUGUCUGUCCGUCUGUCUGUCUGUCCGCGAAUAUAACUCCUCCGCCACUAUACCAGGUCGGACGGACAGGCGGACAGACAGCUUAUGUCAAACUUCUCAUCUUUAGUACCAUCCUUGGAUUAUAAGCUUUCAUUUGACACCUCAUUUGUCAUUCUACCUGGUACAGUGACGAAGGAAUCAUAUACGCGGUCGGACAGACAGACGAACAGACAGCCUAGGUUAAAUUUCUCACCUUUAGUACCAUCCUUGGAUAAGCUUUUAUUUGACACCUCAUUUGUCAUUCUACCUGGUAUAAUGACGUAGGAGUUGAGUUUGCAAACAGACAGACAAGACGGACGGACGGACAGACGGACGUGGACAAUUCAAUGUUUUCACAUUUCUUCAAAAUUGGUGAAAACAACAACAUAAUAAACUUUACUUAAUUGGUGUUUCAAAACUACUUACUUUUAACACAUUAGGUACAAAUAUUACAAGGUUUCUAGCAAGUUAAACGUCACAAUGAUUUAAAAUAAUGAAGUAAAAACCUAUAUAUACAUAACAUAUUAGAACAUAUCUAAAAUACACAAAAAUGAUACAUUUCACACACAAAUAUAAUAUCACAAAAAAUUGUAACAUGAUAGUAUGAAAAAAUAGAGGAUACGGCAACGGUGUUACAUGUAAUGGUCGGACCGGGCCGGAUACAAUGCCAAUAUCUACACAGACAUAUUAGGGUGCUUUAGUAUCCAAGAUGUCCACAAAAUGUCCCCCUCACAAAUAAAUUUGACGUGUUUUUGCAUAUUCUUAGAUUUUAUAUAGGGACCAAAUUAUAGGGGGUGGCAACUUUUUAAAUUGACACACUGUAUGUAUACGUAUAAAUAUGUAUGAAUAUAAUAUGGUAAAUAAUAAAUAUUGUCAGAAUAAGCUCCUGAAACUGAUGUCUAUUGUUAUCUCUAAUUGAAUCGUUUAUUUCAGAAACCCGUCAAGUGCAGUUUUUCAUAUUUUUGGUAAAUGAAGAAAAACUGUGUAUUUCUCACAAAACUAAAAAUUUGUGAAAUUUUAAGAAAAAUACUUAACAUCUUCCUAAAUCAAAUCCAUAGUUCAUUAUGUGUUAAUAAUUUCCAAUUAAAUAAAAAAAAAAUAAUUUUUUUCACUUGACUGGUUUCUGCAAUAAAACUGGUAAAAAACCUUUUUGGGCAAUUUUUUCCAGUUUUAGAAUAGGAAAUAAAAUAAAUAACAAUUUUAUAAACUUAUUUUAUUAUUAUAAUAAAGAAAUAGUAAUAUAAA